UCCGGGACAUCCUUUCCCUGCACAUAUCCCCACUUGCAUCGGUGUCAACUCCAGGAUCUGCUGAAAGCGCCUCAGCUCAUCAGAGCUCCCAGCACCGGGCUUUCAGUCAGCCCAGUGAGGUUCCGAGUCCGACCGACGUGCUGAGAGUGCCGGAGGGGGCUGCCACCGAGACCAUCCGUACCACCAACGAACUGCAAUCCCUCAUCAUCUGCAGGCGGAGGCUUCAUCUACCAGUCACUGAGUUUCCUGCGUCUCCAGCUCCUGGUGCAGUGAUGAAUGAGGUGAAGCAAUUGGCCACUCUGGGCCGUCCGUUCCAGUUGGGAAUGCUGUACGACUGCCGGUCAGACACCCUGAUCCCAGGUGUCACCUUGUGGGACUUACAGACACUGCAAAGCAACCUCAAUCGUCGUGCUCAGCCCAGCACUGAGUUUCACAUCAUUGCAUCAGACUCCAUGGAGAAGAAAGCCGCUGCACUCAAUGUGUCGGGAUCACUGAAAGCCAGUCUCCUGUGUGGGUUAGUGGAGGUGAAAGGAUCUGCAAAAUAUCUAAAUGACUCAAAGCAAUCAAAGAGACAGGCACGUGUUACCCUUCAGUACAAAACAACAACCAGGUUUGAAGAACUGACGAUGAGCCACUUAGGGAGACAGAAUAUUGCCUACCCGAGUGUGUUUGACGAAGGGUCAGCAACCCAUGUCGUUACAGCAGUGCUGUAUGGGGCCCAGGCUUUCUUUGUCUUUGAUCAAAUGGUUUCUUCAGCAGAGAAGAUGCAGGAUAUUCAGGGUAAUAUAGAGGCGACAAUUAAAUGUCUUCCAAUGAUUGCAAUUGAGGGUGAUGCCUCCCUAACAAUGACAGAAGAACAGAAGUCUCAUUCAGAGAAAUUUAGCUGCACCUUCUAUGGGGAUUUCUCACUGAAAAACAACCCCACCACAUUUCAGGAUGCCAUCGGUAUAUAUGCAAGCCUCCCAAGCUCACUGGGAUCAGGUGGGGAGAAUUCAGUACCCGUGAGAGUCUGGCUCUACCCUCUCAAUAAACUAGACUCAAGAGCUAUUCAGCUGGUGAGGGAGAUAAGCGUAGGAUUGGUCAAUCAGUGCCAGCAGGCCCUGGAACAGUUGAAUGAGACAGUGCAGAGAUGCAAUGAUAUGAUGAAUGACAAUGUCACCAUUCAGUUUCCUGAGAUCAGGGACAGGAUACAGCAAUUCCGAGAGAUGUGUCUGGAAUACAAACUGGUUUUCCAGAGGACUUUAGCCAGAGUUUUGCCGUCCAUCCGGGGAGGUGGGGAGGAGGAAGGAUUACUGGUGGAUAUACUGAAGAACAAGGAACAGUCACCAUUCAAACACCAGUCAUUGAUCACAUGGCUGGAUCACAAGGAACGGGAGAUGAUGAUGAUGAGCUUUUACCUCAAGGUAUUGGAUGAUAUUCCUAUUGUAAAAUCAAGGAGAGAGUUGGAUGAAGAAGUGAUGAAUCCAGCAAUAGACUAUGUCGUCUGCUUCACAUUUACAGCAUUGCAUCAGGAGGAUCUCUAUCUGUUAAAGGCAAUCGACUACCUCCGAUCUCAAACAGAUCAGAAAAUGCAGACAGCAACUCCUGCUACUGAAGCCUGUGCAACACAACACGGCGAGCAGUGGUUUAAUUCACUGCCUACAACUGAGAAAAUGAAGCAGCAAUAUAAGUCAUUCCUGGAUUUUGCCACAGCUAACAAAGAAAAUGGGAAAAUAAAAUUCCUUGUUGCUUCUGUGAAGGACGACAGCAACCGAGGAGCGUCUAUUUACCUCUAUGAAGGAUGGUCUUUGAAGAACCAGUGCUUUGAACCCCCGUCACAGCCCCAGAGACCUAUGACUAUUGGAAACACACAUGACAGUGUGACUCUGCAGUUACAGCCACCCAGACAUGGUUCCGGUGAGAUUGUGGGUUACAAGGUAGAGUACAAAGGGCCCCGGCAGGAGGACUGGUCAACUCUACAUACACCUGAUAAAUCCCACUCCGUCAGAAUAUCUGGGUUACAGCUGCACCAGGAGUAUCAUUUCCGAUACAGAGCAGUGACCAAGGUAGGGGUCAGCAAGGUGAGUGAUAGCUACACGGACAUGACACGUCCUACAAGUCCACCUGGUAAACCGGUCUUCCAGGAUUUUUCAUCCAGAGCAAUGCUCUUCUGGGAUGCUCCGACACAGAUUGGAGCUAAUGUCAAAAUAGUUCAGUACAGGAUUGAGUAUAGAGAAGAAACAGCAGUUGGGUCCAACACGGAGGGCGGACUGUGGGAGGAAGUAAAGACAACAGACAGCCAAUGUCACUAUCAUUUCGAGGGUCUGAAACCUAAUACAGUCUACAGUGUCCGAGUGUCUGCUGACUGUGGAGAAGCAGGUUCCAGUACACCAAGUGAAGCCGUUUCAGCAAAGAUAGAAAAUGAAGCAACCAGAAUAGCCCAGAAACUUCGCAGAGAAGCCAAAUUAAUAUCCAAAGGACACCCUUCCAUUUACAAGCUGAACCUGCAGAAGGAGGUGCUUGAUCAGUUCGGACACCUUGCGAAAUGUUCCUUUGGAAAACGCAACACAAAAGGCACAAUGAAAACAAUUAUGCUUCUGGGAGCAACAGGGUCGGGGAAAACAACCCUUAUCAAUGGGAUGAUCAACUACAUCUUGGGCGUGGAAUGGACGGAUGACUUCAGAUACACGUUAAUAUACGAAGAGACAGGAAAAUCCCAGGCUGAAAGUCAGACAUCCUCCAUCACUGCCUACCAGCUCCACCAUCAGAAAGGAUUUAAAAUUGAUUACUCUCUGACUAUCAUUGAUACGCCUGGAUUCGGAGAUACCAGGGGGAUAAGCCGAGAUCAAAUGAUCACUGACCACAUCCGUGAGUUUUUCACUUCCCCACAUGGUGUUGAUCAGAUCGAUGCCGUGUGUUUUGUUGCUCAAGCCUCUUUGGCUCGCCUGACUCACACACAGAAAUAUAUCUUUGAUUCAAUUCUUUCUAUUUUUGGCAAAGAUAUUGCAGAGAGCAUUCAUGUACUGGUGACAUUCGCAGAUGGACAGCGUCCUCCCAUUCUAGAGGCUAUGAAAGUAGCUGAGAUACCAUGUCCCAAAGAUAAAAACAGUAUGCCAGUACACUUCAAGUUUAACAAUUCUGCCAUAUUUGCUCAGCGUCCAGCCUCUGGAAACUCUGCAAACAUGGAAAGUGUCGAUAACAGCUGGGACACAGAAGAGGAUGAUGAUAACUUUGAUGAGAUGUUCUGGAAGAUGGGAACAAACAGUAUGAAGAAAUUCUUUCGGUCUCUGACCACAAUGAAAGCAAAAAGUUUACGUUUGACCAGAGAGGUUCUGCAGGAACGUCAGCAGCUGGAGGCUGCAGUGGAGGGUUUGCAAAGAAAGAUCCGAGUCGGGCUGACCAAAAUGGAGGAACUUAGGAAAACGCGGCAGGUUAUGAAUCAACACCAGACCGAACUGGAUGCAAAUAAAGACUUUGAGUAUGAGGUUGAAAUUACAGUUGCAGUACAGGAGGAUAUCAGUGGGACUGGGAAUUACAUAACCAACUGUCAGAAAUGUCGAUUCACCUGCCACUAUCCGUGUGGUAUUCCUGAUGAUGCUCAAAAAAGAGGAUGUGCAGCAAUGGACUGUUAUGGGAACUGCGAAGUCUGUCCCCAAAAAUGUGUCUGGAAUGUUCACUUCAACCAGAAGUACAGGUUUGAGUAUAAAACAAAGAAGGAGAAGAGAACAUACAAUGAGCUGAAAGAAAGGUAUGAGAAGGCCUUUGGUUUGAAGAUGACAGCGCAGAACGUCAUGGAGACACUUGAGAUUGAGUUAGCUGAGGUUCAGAAUGCAGUGCUGGAGCUGAUACAACAAUUAUCACAGAGCAUUAGAAGACUUGAAGAAAUAGCUCUGAGACCAAACCCGUUAUCCACCCCAGCUUACAUUGACCUCCUGAUUCAGUCUGAGAAAGAAGAGGCAAAGCCUGGAUUCACAGACCGAAUUCAGGCACUGGGGGAGGUCAGGGAACGUGCAGAUUUAAUACAGAAAGUUGCCGAAGGAAAGCUGUCAGCAGAGGUGUUGAACCAAAAUACAGAGGGAUCUCAAGAAACAAUUAGAAAAAAGAUAAAGAAGAAGUUUGUGUGUGUGUUCAAUUGGAUCACUGGUCACUAGCAAACCUUCCAGCUGUUUCCAAUGGGAACCAGAUGUUUCACUCGGCUAAUAAAAAAUCUCUCAUUCUAGUUCACCCUCCUUCUCCUCCCCCAUCUGUCCACAGUGUUUAACGCCACACCUUCGUCCUCAACGCUGCUCUCCCUCACCCCACUGGCUGGCACCCACUGCACCUGGGUCCAGUCACUGCCAGAGGUUCACCUGCAAUGGCUUCCCAUCCCUGUCCCUGUCCACUGGUACCUGUGGACAACCCCGAGAAUCCAUCCACAUUCCCUCCUGUUCCCCAUCUGUGUCCUGCCCCUUGGAAACAACACCAGAGUCACAGUGUCCAUUUCCUGUGGACACAGGCUGCCCCCAGCUCCACCUUCCCACCUCCUCCCUCAAUCCCCACUUUCUCCGUGCUGUCAGAUGACACAUUCCCCCAUCCAGUGUCGGAAGACGGGAAAUCUUCUCCCAGCUCUGUGCUGCUCCCGGGCCACUGUCAGAGUCUGACCCAUGGGCUGGUGGGAGGGGUGGUGUGUUCUAUUAAAAUCACAGCAGAAAAAUUCAAACUGGGAUAAAUAGAGCAAUAUUUUCCAUCAAACGGUAUAGGAGGCCAUUCAGCCCACUGAGUCAAUGCUGGUUUCAAAGCAACAUCAUCAAUCCCAUUCCCUUCACCUUCCCUGUGAUCUACUCUCUGCCAAAUGCCAACCAACCUCCUCAUUCUCCUGAUAAUGACAGUGAAAAAAACCUCAGGUAAUGAAAACCUGAAAUAAAAACAGCAAAUGCUGGAACCACUCAGUGGGUCAGGCAGCAUCUGCUGAGAGGGAAACAGUUCAUGUUUCGGAGCCUUCAGAGACACUUGUGUGGAAUGUCUCAACAUUGGAGCAAAUGCGACACAGAGGGAGGUUCUGAUAAAUAGUCAGGACCCGAAACGUUAACUGUUUCUGUCUCCACAGAUGCUGCCUGACCUGCUGAGUGUUUCCAGCAUUUCUCGGUUUCGCAUUAAUUCUCCCAUCACUGAUCGACACUGGGGGAGAUUUACAGUAUCCAAUUAACCUACCGACCUGCAAUAUAAAUUGAGGACAUGAUUCUAAAAGGGUUGCAGGAACAGAGGGAUUUGAGGAAAAGAUUGUUCAUUCUUUGGAAGUGGCAAGGCAGAAGUAAACAGGUUUUAAGCAGGCUCAGCAAAACUCUGCAGAUGCUGGAAAUCUGAAACAAAGGGUCAUUGAAUCAAUUCACAACAGGACGACUCCCGUGAAAUCAGCCAUGGACAAAGCAAAAGGGAGCAGUGGGGCAAAUGUUACUCAGUGCCACACUGCAGAGAUAGCUCUGUCCCUACACUCCCACAAAUGCCACAGAAUGUCCACCUUCAGGUUAAGUGCACAAUGACCAACAGCCGUGGAGCUCAGCAAAGCCGUCAAUGGCCGGGAAGGUGGGAAAUUCCUGGGAAGGAUGGGGCUGCACCUGAAACCAUCGACUGGAGAGGACAUCUCCACUCAAACCCGUCUGCUGCCACAAACUCUUGAACCUAGCCAUGGCCUCGAACUCUCGAACCGAGCCGUGGCCUCGUCUGCUUGUGCUGGAAGGGAGGAGCAAUCCCACAAGGGGUGAGGGUCUCCAUUAUUGCCUUUAGAGACCUCAGCAAGGACUUUGAGCUUGUGUGCCGGGAGGAUCUGUUCACACUGGAGAAGAUCGGUGCCUCCAAGUCUUCCUGGUGGAUUCAGUCCUUCCACCUUGAUGUUUGAUGCCAUGGCUCAGCCUCUGAGCCUCUCCCCACCCAAGGUGGAGCCCAUGCAGCUGUGUCCUCGCUCCUGACUGUCUGGGAUCUGCUUUGCCUCCCUGCUCCCAUGUUCCACUGGAGAGCUGGAGGAGAAAUGUCGUCCCACACAAGGUCAGUUGGAAAACUUCAACCUCCCCAGCCUCAGGGCAAGAAGCAGAGGGCGUAUCGACCUCACCAGGACUCGACCUUUGCUGUCACCGCGGUGAUGACAUAGCAACUCCUCCCACACGGACACAUUUAACUUUGAGCUCACCAUCACCCUGAGAAGGACGAAUCAAAUGGGGCGAGACGUCACUGAGCUCAGUCCUUCACCAUUCCUGUGCUCACCGCUCAGGGAACAUCACCUUCGAUGUCCUGGGCACCGUCACCAGCUGAACGAUGGGACAAUUCCCAAGGACCUUCUCUAUGGGGAACCAGCAUCAGGGAAAAGGCCCAUCAGAUGACCCCACCUGCACUCCGGAAACAUCUGCAAGAGGGACCUUAAGGCACCAGACAUCAGUGUAAAGCUGGGAGGCAGCUGCUCAGUAUCGCAGUCAUUGGAAUGAGAUUCAAUUCCCAGCAGAUUCCACUGUGGUGUUUACAAGGGAGCUCGGGAACUACUGUUAGGCAACAAUUUCUGGGAUCAUCUGGAAUGCUCUUGUACACACUCGAUGGACUGAAUGGCCUCCUCCCAUGCUCUGACCCUCCUGGGAUCGUGCAGGAUGCAUUCUGAAGCUCUGUACGUUAUUUCACUCUGAGGUGAGCUUCCGAUUCCAUGUUUAUUCCAUCACUGAAGCCUCGUUCUACCCCCCGGGAUUGACCAGAAACAGAUCGAUGUGAUUCGGGCUGAUGCACAUCCUGUCCAUCGGCUCACCUGGAAGGGGAGGAAGGGUGUCUGUAUUGCGGCUGGUGACGGGAGUGUGAGUCACCUCACCGCCCUGCUGUGGCUCCUGCCCAGCCUGCAGCCACUGCCUAUCGCGAUGGAGAAGGGCCGAGUUUGCCCUGAAGCACUGGCUCCCCACCACCAGGGAGAUCACAGCUCUGACGCUGCACCUGCCCUCAUCACCUUCCACAUAAAGGUCUGCAGGGCAGCGAAAAAACCACCCUUUACACUCUUUACUAUAUAGAGUCACCCAGCACAGCAACAGGCCCUUCGGCCCUCUGUGUCCAUGCCAGCCAUGAAGCACCAUCUCUAUCAAUCUCAUUUCCCAACAUUGGGCCUGUGGUCUUCUCAGCCUUGGCAUUUCAGGUGCUCACCUAAAUACUUCCUAAAUGUUGUGAGAGUGUCUGCCUCCACCGGCCCCUCAGGCAGUGCGUUCCACAUUCCAACUGGGUGGAAACAUUCUUCCUCAGAUCCCCUCUAAACCUCUCACUCCUUACCUUAAAUGCGCGCCCUCUGGUUUAUAACACCUCUGCUUCGCGGGAAGGUUUCUCAUUAUUUACCCAUCUCUGCCCAUCAAAAUUGUGUUUCCCUCAAUCAGGUCCCCACUAAGCCUUGUUUUCCCCAAGGAAAACAAACCCAGACUACUCAGUCCCUCUUAGAAACUGAAAUGCUCCAUUCCAGCCAGCAUCCUGGUGACUCUGCUCUGCAUCCUGCCCAAUACAAUCACCUCCCUUUUUUAAAUAAACGUUUAUUAACUAACAGAAGGACAACCAGUGCCAAUACACUAGAACUAAUACAGAAGAGAGAAAAUAAACUAAGUAGCUACAUAACUACAGCAAAAUAACACAAACUAACAUACAAUCACCUCCUUCCUGCAGUGUUGCAGUCAGAACUGCUCACAGAACCCCAUCUGUUGCCUGACCAGUGUUUAAUAAAGUGCAUUGUAAUCUCUCUGUUUUGAUCAUCGAUGACCUGGGGUAUGGAGGCAAGUAUCCCUUCUGCUUUCUCCACUGCCGGUCUGUGCCUUCAGGGAUCCUUCACCUCAAGGAUCUUCACCUCACUGCCUUCACCUCACUCUUAUCUGCAGCAAAUUCUACCUGCCUUCCCUCUGUCCAUCUCACCUACUGUACAAUGUUAUCAGUGUUACCAAAGAGCAGCCUGCUCACUGUCGGUUGGUCACAGGCUUCCAAUCACAAACACAGUCCAGCAGCACCACCUGCUGCCUCCUAUUACCAAGCCAAUUUUGGAUCCAAUUUGCUCUGGAUCCCUUGGGCUCUAACCCUUUGGAAUUCUUUCCCAUGUACGGUCAUGUCGAAGACUUCAAUUACCACACUGCCCUCAUCAAAUACAUUUUGUUACCUCUUCAAAACAUUCACUGAAAUUGGUCAAACUGGAUCUCCUCCCAACAAUGCUUUUCUGACAAUCUGUGACGGAUCCCUGACUAUGCAAGUGUAGAAGUCUGUUCCUCUGAUUUUUUUGCCAGAACUUCCCCACUACUGACUUUAGACUUGGAUCCUUGUAAAUUCCUGGUUUAUUCUUCUUAAAUAAAUCGGCCACAUUUGCUUUGCAAUUGUCGCUGACUUUAUCCACCAGCAAGACCUUGUGCCCGCUCUUUGUCCUUUUAAUUCAUCUCUUAAAUACCCCUCUACUCUACUGAUAUUUUGAGGGGUGUCCUCGUUUUUUAUUCUAUAUUCCUACUAUGUACCCACUUUCUUUUAUCCAACCACUGAUAUCUCUUGACACCCAAGGUCCCUUGGAAUUGCAGUCCUUACUUUCACCCUUGCGGAAACACCUUGGUCCUGAACUCGAACUACUUCAGUUUUAAAUGUCUGUCACAUGUCAGAUUUGGACUAGACGUCCAGAAAUUCAACCCGUGACGGUAGGAUAAACAUCUCGUCCCAACAGCAUGAAGACAGUGAUGCAUCACUUGAACCAAGCAUUAUCCAUUCUGAAGUAUUCUCUAACUGUCCAAGGGACCACUAUUUUGAUUAUAUUACUUCGAUGCUACAUUAUUGAUUCUAUUACUGGAUGUUACAUUAUUGAUUCUAUUACUUGGUCGCUACAUUAUUGAUUGUAUUACUGGAUGCUACAUUAUAGAUUCCAUUACUGGAUGCUACAUUAUUGAUUAUAUUUCUUGGUUGCUAUAUUAUUGAUUAUAUUACUGGAUGCUACAUUAUUGAUUCUAUUACUGGAUGAUACAUUAUUGAUUCUAUUACUUGGUCACUACAUUAUUGAUUAUACUACUGGAUGCUACAUUAUUGAUUAUAUUACUGGAUGCUACAUUAUUGAUUCUAUUACUUGGUCGCUAUAUUAUUGAUUCUAUUGCUGGAUGCUGCAUUAUAAAUUCUAAUACUUCGUUUCUACUGCAUAUUAAAUCAUGUUACCCUGUGAGACAUUGCAUUGUUAUAAACAGCUUGCUUACUCCAAUAGCAGCUAAAUUUGUGAAUUAAACA